AUUAUAACAAAGUAUUACAUUCAAAAUGCGCGCCACUCCCAACAGUCCCAACCAAUCACAGCCGUCAUCCGAUUAUUCCGAUUAUUGUUCGUGCAUGAUCGCAUUACUAUAUAAUAUUGGUGGCUGCUUCUAUUAUUUCAAUAAGCAAUUUAGGUAAAAUAUUCAAAGUUAAAUUAAAAUAAUAAGUAAAAACAUAUUAUUCGAAAUUUAUUGGUGUUUAAUAAAACAUUUCAACACAUUAUAUUUGUUAAAAAAUGUGCAACAAAUACGUAUAACUUUUUAGAUUAUCUAUGUUUUAAUAUGUUUUAUAUUAUAAUAUAGUUAUAUUCUUAAAUUGAAUAUAACUAUUUAAAACAUUUACAUUUUUGAACUGUAAAAAAUCCAUCUUUUUGGUACUAAAAAAUAAUCACAUGUUAAUUAUGUCAAAAUUUUAUUGAAUUGAUUAUUUAGUUAAAAUUUUAUUUAAUUGUGAAAAAAAUGAAAAAAGAUUAAAACUGGAUUGUAAGAAAUAUUGUAAUAUUUUAUAUAUGUAUUCAAAGUAUGCGCAAGCACCAUUGUCUUUCAGACUUUUGUAAUACUUUUAUUGUUUUAAAUACGCUAUUUUCAGUUAUAUUUCUUGCCUUUGAUUUGUAAUUAGUAAUCACAAAGAAACCUUAAUCCGCGCUCAUAUUAGAAAUUUAUCGAUAUUUUAGUAUUUUAGAAUUUAACCGUCAUCCUAAAUUUACCUUUUUAAAUUUUAAUUUUGAUUUGAAAUCAAUUAACAUCUCCAAAAAUCGUUUCCAUAUAAAGCGCAUUUUUUCUGGGAAAACCGGAGUACAAAAGGGUUCAGUUCGGUCUUGAAAUAAGAUUAGUUAUAAAUAUCAACCGUAGCUGAUAUAAAAUUCAAGAAUUCUUAAUAUAUGAAUUUGAAACUUGUAUCUUAAGACUUAAUUAAGACUUGUAUUUAUUAUCAUUCAUCGUAAAAAAAAGUUCAAGUAGUAAAUCAAGAAAAACAUUAUCAUGAGUUUUUAAUUUAAAUGACGGUGUGGCCUUGGAAUCCCCACUAUCGAUCAUCGAUGUAAUUACACUGACAGAAUUGCCAUGAACAUUGAAAUUAACAGACAAUCGCUGCUGCGCACGGAUAGGCUACAUUCAUAUGUCAGUGUGAUAAACGGACUUCGCGAUGGCAGAGAAAACAUGUCUGACCGAAAGAGGAAAACAGGCAGGUGUCUCAAUAUCCCACAAACUGAUAGGUCCAAUGUGCAUAAAAGUUAUCAACAAAAUUGCAAAAAAAAAACAAGUAAACGGAUAUUUCAGAAUAUAAGCGAACGCAUUUGAGAAAGCAUCAGUGUAUCACAAAACUUUGUAUAAGAUAUAAAAUGCUUUUACGUGCAAUUUCCAAAGAUUGAAAAAGCACACGAGACUACAGGAAAUUGAACCCGAAUAGAACAAUUAUUACUACAAGAAUGUUUAUUAUUAUAUUAUUAUUAUUUAUUCCUGUGGUAUAUUUGGUGUGUCAUUGUUACGUGCACAAUGGACUAAAUGGACAAAUAUUCCAUAAAAUACCAGGACCAUCAGGUUAUCCAAUUAUUGGUAACAUACUUUUACUGCUGCGUUCACGAGAGAAAUUCUGGAAAGCUUUACUUACUCUUCCUAAUCAAUAUUAUCCUAUUUUUAAACUAUGGGUUUCCUCUUUUUUUAUUAUAUCCAUUCGACAUCCUGAUGACUUGGAGAUAAUGCUAAGCAGUACAAAAUACAUCGAUAAAGGUAUAGUUUAUGAUAUAUUUCAUCCUUGAUUAGGCACGGGUCUUCUUACCAGUGAAG